AUGCGCAGGGCCGAGCAGCCGCUGCGAUUUUGCAUGGACAAGGUCUACCCCAAGGCUGGCGGCAUCUUGUUGAAGGGAAGCAAACUCUUCAUUUGGCCCGCGGAUGCCACGUUCGCCUCCCAAUUCUGGGUCUUCUCCAUGCACUUCAACCGCCGGGAAAUUGAGUCUGCUUACCCGGGCCAGUGGGUGAGCAUCCUGUUGCGCUCGGACGAUCCGGCUAUGACCUCGCUGAAGGCCGUCCGCCGCGGUAUGGUCGCCGUCAAAGCCAAAACGACCAAGUCAAUCAAGAGCCACGCGCAGGAGAUCAUGGCCACGAUCUCGCUCACCACACACAUGCGGCUUGCGGCCUCACUCGCGCCGGUGCUGUACUGUGGGACGAGCGUGGUGCCCUGUAAGGUGGUGGAGGUCAUCUCUAAGCUCGACAAAGUCGGGAAGGAGCUCCCCGGCGUCGCCCAUCUCAAGGGUCACAACGCGCUGGUGAAAUUGCAGCCGCUGAAGCCCCUCUUCUGCGAGCCGUUCAUACCGACGCCCACCGCUGCGUCGGCGGCCGGCGAGAAGAAGGCCGCGACUUCGUCGACGAAGUCGCCCAAGGUCCCCAAGCGCGUCAACUCGCUCGGCCGAUUCGUCCUACGCGACAACCACGUCACCUUCGCCGUCGGCUCCAUACAAUCCGUGGUCUACUCCUGA